AUGUCGUUCUUCGGAUUCGACACUGCACUCCCCCGCGAUCGCGGUCACAAUCCUUCUGCGCCUGGCUUCUCUCAAGCUGCAGAUCCCUUCGCUGGCUUGUCGCGAAAAGAAGACGAUGAUGACGCACUCGACUUCGAGGAUACCUACGAUGGUCUAGGCGAUCAAUUGGAUGAGACGGACGAUGCAUUCAACGACGAUACCUUUGGUGGUGGAUCAGCGGCAGCUACCAAGAAGCCGGUGGGCAAGGACUUCGACUUCUUCGGCCAGACUGCAAAGGUCUCAGAUGCUAUCAGUGAGGAACAAGCCCGAUUCAGUAGGCAACAGCCAAUAUCGAAGGUUACUCAAAGCACUUCAACCUAUGCACAAGCUCAAGCUAGACCUGCCAGAACUGGCUACGAGCGCUACAAUGAGCCUGACUAUAUUCCAGACAUGCAGGUUGAUGCAAACUUGUGGGGUGUUGCACCGAAGCGGUCGGCUCCUGCACCAGCUCAAGAGAUGCCUGCAACUCCAGGCUUUCCCACUAGUGGCCGAAAGAUGAUGAGCUUGGAGGAAGUAGAGGCAGCUAUGAGAGCCCAAGCCAAGAAGCCAGCACAAGCCCAAGUCCCUGUACAGCAACAACCUCAACAAUAUCAACCAACUCCUCCUCCGCAUCAGCAGCAUCAAUAUGCCCAGCCACCUCACCAAUAUCAGCACUAUCCUCCUCAACAGCAACCUCAGUUCCCUGUUCAGGCUGGUCCACAACAAUCUGAGACUGGCCCAGCUCCAUCUGGUCAACCAGUUCAUAUUUUGCAGAGAUCACAACAGCCUGGCCAACCACCAGCGCAGCAACGCCCACCACAACAGCCCACACAGAUCUUGCAAAAUCCAAACAGAUACUCAGCCGAGCAACAAAGACCUGCCCCUGUUGGUCAACAUCCUGGUCACCAGUCACGCCCCUCGGGUUCGCGCCACAUCAUCACCCAUCCUCAGCAGAUUGCCCACCUUUCAGAGGAGGAGAAGUCUGCUUUCCUUAUGGAAGAGGCAAAGAGAGCAAAGCGUAAUCACAAGAUCUUCAUGCUAUCCAAGGAUAAUGGCUUGAUGACCCCACAGGACAAGAACUUCAUUACCCGCAUUCAGUUGCAACAGCUUGUGACCGCUACCGGCAAUCCAAAUGAGCACGGAACUGAUACUGGUCUGUCAGAGGAUUUCUACUACCAGGUUCAUAAUCAAAUUCGAGGAGGACCGCGUCAACACCCGGGCCAACCACUCAGCAACUUUGCACAGACCUACUUGUUCCAAACAGGUGGUCGUCAUGGUGGCAUGCGACGACAGGCUCGAGGAGGUGACAAUCACAUGCAGCGAAUGGAGCAACAAGUUCAACGUGCUGUGGAGGCUGCGAAGAAUAAGCCAAAGAACAAGCAGUUGGUUAUUGAGGGUAGUUUGGGCAAGAUCUCUUUUAGCAACGCAAAGACGCCAAAGCCUUUGCUCAACAUCAAGCGCAAUGACAGCGGAGCUGAUGUCAACAGACCUGGCAGCGCCGCUCGUGAUCGCAAGGCUCAUCUCGCAGGAGUCAGUGGAAGCGACAGGAAGACUGUUUUAACUGAUAUCGAGAAUGUUUACAAUACUCUGAUGAAGAUGGAGGACCAUGAUCGCCACAUACCUCCCGCUCUCAACGAGGAUAUCAACCCAGAGCUCGUCGGACUCCACAUGGACUGGCGGGAGAAGGCGCAAAAGCUCAAUCAGCAACUUUGGCAUCAGUUGAAAGUCCACGAACCUAUCGGUGCUACGACUACUCAUCCUUUCAUUGCUUUCUUGUCUUUCGCCAAGGGCCAAAAGGCCAUUCCUAGAGUAUUCCGCCACAUUUCUCAGGAGCAGCGGACGACUAUACUCACCAUGAUUGUAAUCCAUCUCGAUCAACUCGAUGUUAUUCGAAACGCAUUGCUUCUCCCCGGAGAGACACAAUUGAAUGCUACGGUUCGUGAGAGCGUCGAAGUUUUUUCGCUGGCUGUCAUGCCAUCUCUUUUCGGGUAUCUCAAUGAAGCGGGAUUGGAUAUCGUCACUGGUGUCUUGGGACUUAUUCUCAACAUUAACAUUGACAUGGUUGCUCGGACUAGAAUUGGAGUCAGCAUGCUGACCAUGAUUUUGAGUCGAGCUGAGCUUAUUAAGCAAGGCGCAAGUGUUGAUGAGCAGGAGUGGCAGGAAUGGGUGAACAAGUACAAUGGAUUCUUCGACGCUCUUGAGCCAACCUUGCCAAACAUCUUCCCCGGAACUGUCAAUACUGGUGAAGAUGUUUAUGUCUGGCAGUUCCUGGCCGCCAUUGGCAUUGGGGCGAGCCCUGAGCAGCAACAGCGUCUUGUCAUGGCUGUUAAAGAUCGUGUCAUGGAAACUGUCAGCCUUGCUAAGACUCUUCCGCCCGCAAUGUCGAGCCAGCGAUUGGCCAACGUCAACCUCUUCAUGCGUUCGAUUGGAUUGGAUGUUGAGCUACUGGCAUGA